AUGAAGGUGGUCAAGAUGUUCUGCUCACGGCUGGCUCAGGUCCAGGGUAAGCCCGCCUCCAGGGACCAUUGUUACAAUGAUGUCUCCAUCACCCGCAGUGUCCAUGACAACCACUACUGCUCCGUCAACCCCUGCUUCAUUGCCGUGGUGACCGAGUGCAAUGGGGGCGGAUCCUUCCUGGUGUUGCCCAUCCACCAUACGGGGCGCCUGGACCCACAGCAGCCCAGGGUGUGUGGUCACAGAGCCAGGGUUCUGGACGUCAAGUGGAGUCCCUUCAAUGACCACCAGGUGGCCUCUUGCUCAGAGGACUGCACGGUGAAGAUCUGGGAUGUUCCAGUGUGUGGAGUUCGUCAGAACCUGACCCAGGCCAGGAAAACUCUGAUUGGCCACUCCAGGAGGGUGGGGCUUAUCGAGUGGCAUCCAACUGCUAAAGACCUGCUCCUUAGCUCCGCCUAUGACUACAAGGUGUGUCUGUGGGACGUGUCCCAGGGCGGGCCGGUCCUCAGGUGUCCGGUGCGCGUGGUGGUCAGCCCCCUGGGUCAGCCCCGGCCGGCUGAGAUGCUGCUGCUCUGCGCCUGCUUCAGUCCCGACGGCAGCCGCCUGGCCCUCACCUCCAAGGACCGCCGGCUGAGGCUCCUGGACCCCCGCACCGGGGCCGUCCUACAGGUGUCCAGCCCCUCCUACAGGGUGUGUAAGGUUGUGUAUUUGGGGGCGUUGAAGAUGCUCCUGACCACUGGCUUCUCCUGCUGGAAUCAGAGACAGAUCACACUUUGGGACCCUCGUGACUUGUCAGAACCGCUGUAUGAGGAGGAGCUGGACGGUACGGGUGGGGUGCUCUUUCCGUUCUUCGACCCGGACACCAACAUGCUGUACCUGGCAGGGAAGGGCGACUGUAACAUCCGGUUCUAUGAGGUGAGCUCAGAGAAGCCAUUCGUCGUCUUCCUGAACCAGUUCAGAUCUCAGCUUCCUCAGAAAGGACUUGGGGUGAUGCCGAAGCGGGGCCUCGACGUGAGGUCGGGUGAGCUGUUCCGCUUCUACAGACUGAUCUCCGCCAAACACCUGGUGGAGCCUGUCUCUAUGCUGGUAGAGAGAGCGCGCAAGCCAGGUGUCUUCCAGGAGGACUUGUACCCGCUGACAGCAGGAAACUCAGCCUCCAUGACGGCUCAACAGUGGCUCUCUGGCCUCAAUAGAGGCCCCAUGCUGAUCUCCCUGAGGCCUGGGACUAGAUUGGCCAACCCCUACCCAGAGACCCCCCCUGACCGCGGGCCGGAGACGCAGCUGGAGCCCCAGGGCUGUCCCGUCGGCCUUAUGGCCGUCCACAACGAAGUGUCGCCAGUUGAAGAGGCGUUCCUCCAGGAGCAAGAGGCCUACCAGGAUGCCAAGUACCCCAGGACGGGCAGCGAUCUGUGGGCCUGGCAACCAGAUGAGACCCAGGCUGUGCCCAAGGCAUACCGCAUCAUCCCCCACUGCUGCGAGCCAGAAGAGAGCCCUCCGCCACACAACGAGAGCCAGCUCCUGCAGGUGUUUUACAAACAGCAGGAGGAGAUCCGAGAACUGAGAGAGGAACUCAACCAGAAAGAGGAGAAGAUCACCUCCUUGGAGAUGCAGAUCAGGAACGCCAGGAACAUGAGGACGUCCUGCUGACCAACCAGAUUCCACAUUACUGAAUCAUCAGCCUCUAGAAUAGACCGUCAGAGCACCAUUCAUCCAAUGUCGCUAGCUCCUACAAUCGAAAAGGUUGUUAUUGAUCCCAUUUGUUUUAAUGAUCACUGUUCACCUGCAAACUGUCUUGCCAGCAUUUGUUCCAAUACACUCAGGAAUUCACUCAUAUUAAACCUGGAUUGAACCACAUCUUGUAUUUAUGUGAUGACAAAUUAAGUGUUAGUCAUUGACCAGACCAGGGGAACAACCAAUUAGGAGUUGGCAUUAAGGAAUGUAUCUACCAAUUAAAAUUCAAA